AUGGCUUGCCAACAGGAAAGGAAUGUAGGUGAAACGGUCGCCAUAGAAGAAGAGGAAAAUACUGGACCAAUUCCUAUUCAAAAACUCGAGGGUUCAGGUAUAUCAGCAGCGGAUGUCAAAAAGUUACAGGAAGCGGGAUUUUAUUCCGUGGAAAGUAUUCAGUUCGUCCCAAAAAAGGCUUUGCUUAACAUUAAGGGCAUUAGUGAAAUGAAAGCUGAUAAAAUUUUGGACGCGGCUAAGAAACUUGUUCCAUUUGGUUUCACAACUGCUACCGAAUUUCAUCAAAAGAGAUCUGAAAUCAUUCAACUUACAACUGGUUCUAAGGAACUAGAUAAGCUUCUACAGGGUGGCAUUGAGACUGGUUCAAUUACCGAACUUUUUGGAGAGUUUCGUACAGGAAAAACCCAAAUUUGUCAUACUCUUGCUGUCACAUGCCAACUUCCUGUUGAUAUGGGAGGAGGUGAAGGCAAGUGUCUUUAUAUAGAUACGGAAGGUACUUUUCGUCCUGAGCGCUUGCUUGCUGUCGCCGAGAGGUAUGGGUUGUCGGGCAGUGAUGUUCUUGACAAUGUUGCCUAUGCUCGUGCUUAUAAUACCGAUCACCAAAUGGAGCUCCUUGUUAACGCCGCUGCCAUGAUGAGCGAGUCUAGGUAUGCGCUACUUAUCGUGGAUAGCGCUACUGCCCUCUAUCGAACCGAUUAUUCUGGUCGAGGUGAACUUUCGGCCCGUCAGAUGCAUCUCGCCCGUUUUCUUCGAACCCUCCUUCGCCUUGCGGAUGAAUUCGGCGUUGCUGUUGUUAUUACUAAUCAAGUUGUAGCUCAAGUAGAUGGUGCAGCAAUGUUUUCGGCCGAUCCUAAAAAACCCAUUGGUGGUAAUAUCAUGGGUCACGCGUCGACCACCAGGCUUUAUCUCCGUAAGGGCCGUGGUGAUACUCGAGUUUGCAAGAUUUAUGACAGUCCUUGUUUACCAGAAGCUGAAGCAAUGUACGCAAUUUUGCCUGAUGGAAUUGGUGAUGCAAAGGAUUAA